GCAACACGUUGCCAAUGUUCAUCGGGAAGAUGGUAUCUGGACAGUUGAAAUGCCUGGUUUGUCUUGAUGAUAUUCCACAUAUUGAUGAAGCUGUGCACUUAGAGCAUACAAGCCAGUUUGGUGACAAAAUGUACCAAGAUUUGCUGUGAUGUGAACAAUGUUGUGGCUUGUUCAGAAGAUCAUCGUGCUUCGGCCAGCUUGAGCAAGAUGAAAGGAAAUCAUGUUUUUCAUUCUCCAACUGUAGAUACGCCAUCGUCAGCCGCAGUCAAACAAAAGCCGGAAUUGGGAGAUGGAGCAUCAUCAAAGGCCGCGAGAUCAGGCUCGGAACGGCAGCAGAAGAGCAGCUCCCAGUCGCGCCUGUGGACAAUCAGCGCCGACGGCCAGACGUACCAGUGCAGCCUCUGCGACAAGAAGUUCGCCCACCGCACGUACAUGUACCACCACGUGCGCAUUCACACGGGCGUGCGGCCGCACGCGUGCGCGUCCUGCACGCGCUCGUUCCGCUCGUCGUCGGCGCUGUCGGAGCACGUGCGCAGCGCUCACACGGCCGGCGCGCAGUUCAGCUGUGAGCUCUGCGGUCAGACGUUCGUACACUCGUCCAGCCUGCGGCAGCACCUGAGCCGGCACAGGCAGCGCAAGGCGCACCGCUGCGACGCGUGCGGCAAGCUGUUCCAUCGGCCGUCGCAGCUGCGCGAGCACGCGGCUGUGCACUCGACGCGCCGGGCGUUCGCGUGCGCCGCGUGCGGCAAGACGUUCAAGACGCGUUCGGGACUGGCGUACCACGGCCGCAUCCACAGUGGUGCGCGGCCGCACCCGUGCCGCGCCUGUCAGGCGGCCUUCCGCACCAGCUCCAACCUGGCGCGCCACGAUCUGCUGCCAGUGCCUCUGGAGGCCUACCGACCCAUGUAG